AAGAAGAAGAAGAAGUUGUUGUUGUUGCUGCUGCUGCUGCUGCUGCUGCUGAAGCUGAAGCUGUCCUUUUAAGCAGUGGUUUUUAUAUUUUUAUAUUUUCCUGCUUAUGUUUCAUCACUGAGGACACUUUGAAUACGAUUCCCCGGAUCAUCUCAGCUGUGCAGAUGAAGAUCCCGUACUGAGUGAAAUCAUGUUCCGACGAAGGAUACCCUUCAUAGAUAUGGUCUUUGCAUCACUGGUCGGAGUUGCUGCUGGUAUUUAUAUAUAUAGACCUUAUUUUGAAGAAUUAUCAAAGAUUUCAAGAAAACAAAAACAAGAUGUACCAGCAGACCAGGAUGACAUUGUGAAAUAAUUCAUCGCUGCCUUGAAAUACUUUACAAGCAGAAGCCAGAGGAACGACGUUCCCUAGGAGGCUCAGAGAUGAUGAUGUCACCCAUAUCCAUGUGUCCGUUUGCAUAAAGAUGGACCUUGCAUCAAGGAAGAGUUGAUUAAAUCAUAAUUAUUGAUUCAGAUCUGCACCAAAAUGUUUGCUUUAAUUUAGUUAAUAUUCUGUAGGUUUUCCUUUGGAUUUCUUCAACAUUGUUUCCUUAUGAAGAUCUCUGAUCACCUCAUUCUUGAUUGGUGUUUUUAUAGAUAGGAUCCAGCAGAGAGCUUUAGUGUGGUAAUGUCACAUUCUGUCUGAAUGAAACAUGCCUCACUAUGCUGUGUUUUUGUGUUUGCAGUAAAUGCACUGUGUUUUGAAGCUCACAUUAACACAUGCAAGAUAGUUUUUUGGGAAGGGGGGAAUCAUAAUUCUGACUGACCUCUGUGAGUUUGCUGAGAUAUUUGGCCAUUAUGACGUUCAGUGCCUGUCUGUUUAAUUAGCAGAAUUUGCAGAACAUAUUCGCCACCUAAUGGACAUACUGGUUCUUGCAGCAGCUGUACUGUGGUCAAUGAAAUUUGCCAAAAUAAAAAUAAAAUAAAAUAAAAAAAAA